AUGUCCUCUACUUCUGAACUUUAUAAUAAGAAGUGCUAUUGCACAAAAUGCAGCGAUAAUCAACAAGGCUACAGCUUUGUUUCUACACGAACCCUCCAGCGUCACAAUAAAAGAGCAAGAUAUGAAGGCAUGGAAAGAAGUGAAAGAAAUGUAUCUGUUCAAAGAAAUCUCAUGGAUAUUGAUUUUGAAACUACAUCAAACCAACAAACCGGACCCAUGGAAGCAAUGGGCGGUCAGACCAACUCGCCUGUUUGGGAAGGAGCCCCAAUUUCUGACGAUGAGGUUGCUUUUAGCAAUGAGUCGAAUGGCGAAAGCAGUGAUGGUGAUGAAAAUGACAAUGACGAAGAAAGCAAUGGCGGUGAAGAAAGUGAAGACAAUGAAGAGAAUAUUGUUGAGAUUGAAGUCGAAGAAUUCGAUACUGAAGAUCCUUUUGCCACCCCAAAUAUGCCUGAAAAUCCGGUACACAGGUUCAUUGCUACUUUUGUGGUAAUGUUUGCUUCCCGCUAUGUGGUCAAUAAGGGCGCUGUUGUCUUGAUCGAGUUCAUCAACAAGCUCUUGUCGAUUUACGAGCAGGAUUUCCAAUUGCCCGUGAGUCUUUCUGGUCUCCAAAGCAUGACAGGAUUCUCAGCCAUGACAAAAGGGAUUAAGAGAUUUGUCGUGUGUCAGGAUUGCCACAAGGUGUAUGAGGAAAGUGUACCUGCUCCUUUGAAUUGUGAUUUCGUAAAGCUUGGUGCACAUACCGCCUGUAAUUGCAAAUUAAUGGUCCAAUCAUUGUUUGGUGGUUUGGUCGCAAAGAAGUCUUAUGUAUAUCAGUCUCUCACACGUGCUCUUAAAAUUCUUUUCCUCCGUCCCGAUUUCGAGCAAAAGAUCAUGCACUGGAACCAAGAAUUCAAGAUCACUGAUACAUUGUGUGAUGUUUACGAUGGUGAAGCCUGGACUGAUUUGAAGGACAAUGACGAUGAAAUUUUUGUUGAGCAUCCUCGUUCAUUGAUGCUGACAUUAAACAUCGACUGGUUCCAGCCUUUCGAUGGUACUAGCUAUUCCUGCGGUGCUAUCUACCUGGUGAUUAACAACCUGCCUAGAAGUGAGCGAGCCAAAAUCAGAAGAGAUCAAUCAUUAUCUCAAGCCAUUAGUCGACGAAAUGAUACAGCUCUAUCUUGGAAUACAGAUACCCACCUACCAGCAAACAGACGGUGCAACAGUUCGUGCAGCCUUAUUGAUGGUUGCAUGCGAUAUACCUGCUGCCAGAAAGACUAG